AUGAAAACAGAUAAAAUGAUUGUAUCUCUGUGGAUAAUAGUACUAUCCAUGUAUAGUGUAUCUUCAGAAGAAACAAUGUGUGCUGCAUCGGAUAAACUUCCAUCGACAGUCCGUAGAGGAAAGAGACUAAACGGAUUCCUUAUUGAAGCUAUUGAACAUAUUAGUAUCAUGGUUUGUGGAAGAGAAUGCUGGUACGAACAAAAUUGUUUUUCGUUUAAUUUUAAUGUACUAACUGGAAGGUGUGAGUUAAAUAGAUACUCUGGGGAUUCAAAAACAUUACAAUCCACUAAUUCAGAUAGCGAUCUCUUUUCAGAUAUAAUAGAUUGGUCUGAACUACCGCAGAAUGAUCCAUGUUAUUAUGAAACAUGCGACGAUUAUGAUAAAUGCAUUAAAGGUACUUGUCAUAAGCAUGAUUGUGGACCAUUUCAUUAUUCUAACUAUAAUUAUUUAUAUCAGAAUGGUACUGUUAUUGGAAGUGUCGCAGUGGCAUCAUAUUCUGGUGAAUGUAUGGUUAAUAGAUGUAUGGAAAGGGGUUUUUGGGAAAGAAGACACCAAGAAUUGAAUUGUGACCACCCUGAUAUAGCAAAUAUUGAAGCGGUCAAGAAUUUUAAAUCUAACGAAGGAUAA